AUGGAAAAAAUAAUUGAAAUUAAGGGUGCUGUCAUCAGCUCACCAAUUUUUGAUACUCAAGGAGGUUUAUGUUUCUCUUCAAUAAAUACUGGAGAUGUUUAUUUAGUGCCGCAAGGAGGAGAAUCGGAUCAGACAAUUCAUUUGACAAAUACAAAAGGCUCACCAACGGGAGUUGCUUUUAACUAUGUUGAUGGAAGUAUUCUUGUUGCUGAUUCAGCAAAUCAGGCAAUUUUAAAAGUAAAUCCCGAGAAUAAUAAUCAAGUUCAAAUAAUAAGAGGUGAUUUUAGAGGAAAGCCAUUUAUUGGACCAAAUAAUGUAAUUGUAGAUUCUAAAGGAAUGAUGUAUUUUUCAGAUAGUGGACCAUUAGGUGAAACAUCUAUUGAGAAUCCAAAGGGAUCGGUUUAUUGUCUUAGUACGGAUGGAAAGAUUUUGAAAUCACUUGCUUAUGAAUGUUUGGCAUAUCCUAGUGGCCUUGCAUUUUCACCUCAUUCAGAAGAUGUAAUUUAUGUGGCAGAGACAAUGAAAAAUCGUAUCUUGAGAUUUACCCAUAUUAAUGGAGCAUUCUAUUGCUCUGUUUUUCAACAAUUGAGUGGAGGAUUUGGACCAACUGGAAUAUGUGUUGAUGAUGAAGGAAAUAUCUAUGUAGCAAUGUACGAAUUCAAACAAGUUUCUACUGAAGGAAGAAUUCUUGUACUGAGUGAGGCUGGAGUUUUAAAGAAGGAAAUUAUCCUUGAGAAUAUUAGUGAAAUUACUGGAAUAACCUACAAGAGAGGAUUUUUAUACAUUACAGAAGGCAACAGUGUUUACAAGUAUGAAUUGGAUUAA